CAAGACUCAAUUGCUUUUCAACAAUACAUCCGACGAGCCAGUUGAAGAUGAUUCCUGGUACCAUUACUCUGUCUCUGUCUGAUUCGCACUAUGGCUGGAUUGACCGCCACAUUCACACGUACUGCAACCCAUCUUGUCCACCGUGAACACCAGAUCUGCCUACCAGAUCCGUUUGUGCUGGUACCAUUCGAUCAAUUGCAACAUCAUUGCAUCCCGAUAAAUGCGGCCAAGUUCUACGAGUCCGACUCCUCAGGUGACCUCAUUCCGAUAGACCGGCAGAGCCGAGCCAUCAGCCGUGUCCUGGACUCUUAUCCUCAGUUGACCGGUCGAAUGCAUAUCGACCCCGACACUGAUGUCCGAUCCGUGACCAGGCUGGAAACUGGCGUGCAUCUGAUUAAUUGAGCUGCACACAAGCUCGGAAGGUGGAUCGCCGCGCAGCCGAACAAGCCCCAUAUCAGGUCGAACUUUGAAGCGACGCCAUCAACGCUCAUUGCAACUGGAUGGCAUCCGUCGCCGCAUAUUUCUGCUGUCUG